CGGGGGCAGGCCACUAAAAUACGGGCCGGUGGCAAGCAACACUAGCAGCCCCCCUAAAAUCAUGCCCCUCUAGGCCCUGGCCUAGGGGGCCUUUCCACAAAUCUGAGCCUGAGGGCAUAUCCCUGGAAACAGAGACUGAAGAAGCCCCUAAAUUACAUUUGCACCUCCAAAGUCUAAACUACAAAAACAGCAUUAAAAAAAACUGCAGACGAAAUAAAGUACACAAUUGAGCCCCGACAUAAACACACAACAAGACCUUUGCGCAAUUUUGUCUUAGCGGAAUGUGCGCGCUGUUUAACAACAUGACCUCAGGUUCAUUAAUAACUCCUGACGAUUGCGGCUUGUCGAGUAACUGUAUCUGCUAUGGGCUGUAUAAAUAUAGCACACAAACAGAAGCUAACCUUUAAUAACCGCGUACAAAUCCCCCAGAGCGAACGGACUACAUCUCCCAGAAGCGCCUUGCAUGACACCCUGGGAUGUUGCGUAUUUGCUCCUCACAGCUAUAAGAGGCUCGCGCUGGGCUGCUGGAGCUUAAAGCUCCCAGGAACGGAGUAAGUGAGUUUAGUUUAUUGUCGCAAUUGAAGCCAUUCUGUACAGCCGCUAUGGGACCUGAUCAGCAGCAGGACGCGGGGGGUGAGUGCAUGACGGAGCCCCGGACUUUGGAGCAAUGCAAACAGCGAGCGGCUGAGCGAAUCCAGGAGGAACGUGAGUGUCUGUGUGCCCUGAGCCGGGACAUCUGGAGACGACCGGAGCUGGCCUACCAGGAGCAGCAGGCGCAUGCCACUCUCACACGCUUUUUCUCCUGUAGGGGUGACUGGCUGGUAGAGCCCCACUACAAGCUGGACACAGCGUUCCGAGCACAAUGGACUAGCUCACUUUCCCAUAAGGAGUCCCAGCCAUUACACAUAGGGUUCCUGUGCGAAUACGAUGCUCUGCCCGGUCUGGGACACGCCUGUGGGCACAACCUAAUAGCAGAGGUUGGCGCUGCCGCUGCCCUCGGACUUCAAGCGGCUCUGGAGUUCACGCAGCCCCCCAGACCCGUCAAGAUAACUGUUUUAGGGACUCCUGCCGAGGAAGAUGGCGGUGGCAAAAUUGAUCUUAUUGAGGCUGGUGCAUUUAUGGACAUGCAUGUUGUCUUUAUGGCCCAUCCAGGACAGGAUGAUGCAGCUUACUUGCCAGAUGUUGCUGAACAUGAUGUGACAGUGAAAUAUUAUGGAAAAGCUUCUCAUGCAGCUGCAUAUCCAUGGGAAGGAGUAAAUGCACUUGAUGCUGCAAUUCUUGCCUACAACAAUCUGUCUGUCUUAAGACAGCAAAUGAAACCUACAUGGAGAGUUCAUGGCAUAAUCAAAAAUGGGGGUGUGAAACCUAACAUCGUUCCUGCCUACUCAGAAUUAGAAUUUUAUCUGCGUGCACCAUCACUCAAAGAACUUGCUAAAUUACAAGAAAAAGCAGAUGCUUGUUUUAAAGCAGCAGCUGUAGCAACUGGAUGUAGAGUGGAGCUUAGCAGCAGUGGCCAUGACUACUAUAAUGUGCUACAAAAUAAGACCUUAGCAAAAACUUAUGUGGAGAAUGGCAAACAAUUGGGAAUGCAGUUUCAAGCAGAUAACCAGGCUUUAAAUAGCCUUUCAGGUUCUACUGAUUUUGGCAAUGUUAGUUUUGUGGUUCCUGGAAUCCAUCCGUAUUUUUAUAUUGGAUCUGAUGCUCUGAAUCACACAGAGGAGUACACUGAAGCUGCAGGAUCAAAAGAAGCUCAAUUUUAUACACUUCGCACAGCAAAAGCAUUGGCCAUGACUGCAUUAGAUGUUAUUUUUAAACCAGAUUUGCUGGUAAAUGUCUGUGAGGACUUCAAGUUGAUAAAACUUAUUGAAGAAGGCAACAUCAGCGUAACAGAAAAAAACAGAGAAUCAAGUGGUGGAGCAGGCUGUGCCUCCCGCUGAAAAAAUCUUUGCUGAAUCUGCGAACAGAGUGAUGGAAAAAAAAUGGUUGAUUUUGUCUUUGAUUUUGGAAAAUUAUACACAAAUUUACAAUGUAUGUAUAUCAAUGUAUUUGUCUCUGCUUUUAUUAUUGAUUAACUUUUCUGAAAUUGUUAAUCAUUACAUUGGUUUUCUCAGAGGUCUCUCAAACCACUUGGAUGGUUUUCUAGAAUAGAUUGACUAGAUCUAAGCUGAUGACUAGUUGAUGGCUGUAAGGUGAGGAUGGGAAUAGAUCACUUGGGGUGCAAUCCAGAUGGUAAAGCUGAUUAUUUUUUAUUCUCUUUCUUGGCCCUGUUAGUUAUAGGAACCGAGACAACAAAUUUCUAAAAGCUUUUUAGCAAAUCUGGUUCCCAUGUUAUGUUCCCUUAAGCUCCCACUGAUUCCACAAGCUUUGCUGACACUGCUACUGAUUCAUAGAAUCAGUAGCCACCAUAAAUACAAGUCACUGACUUGAUUUCUUUCACUGACCACAAACAGAAAUUGUAACCGUAAGAGAAACAAAUUCUAAACACAACUGCAAUAUGUUUGUUUAUAAUCACUUAUAGAAUUUUAGUCAGUAGCUGACCCUUCGAUAUCCUUCUAAUGUAGGGGUCAUGGAGCCCUAUUUACACUUGAUAGAAGUGGCACAGUAGUCAGGAAGUGCUUUUGCACAUGGCCUUCUUCUUCUCUCAUUUGCAUGCAGUUCAAUGGACCAUUUAGAAACUAACUAAUAGUGAUAUUUUCAUUAUUUUGGUGGGCAGAUGGGACAGGACCAUCAUAACUAAGGUACAGCUUAGGGUACAAAUGUGAAUACCCCAUUCAAAUAUAGUUUAAUUGGUGCUGUUCUUCGCAGGAUAUUUUUUCAUGAAGAAGUUACCCUUUCUUGAGGUCAAAUAUGAACACUGCUUCUAUUUCAGCUUGUGCUUACUUUUUUCCCCAAAAUGUAUUUUUAUGUAUAUACUGUAUAUGUUUUUUUGAUUUUUUUUUUGUGCUUGCAUCUUGAUGUGUAUGUACAAUUGAAUAAAAAAAACAUAAAGCUU